AUGACCGUCACCCUCGGCGACUUCUUCUACGACGCCAACCGCGAGGUGCUCAACUUUUUAUUUGGCUUCGAGGAUGCCUCCUCGGCCUCGGCGCCCACCUCCCUGUCGGACAGCACCGAUGCCUCGAUAUCGGGCUCGGUGUCCGGCAGCGGCAGCGACCCCGCCAAGAUGGACCCCGAGCGGGUGUCCAGCUUCUUCAUGGUGCUGGCCGGUGUGGCGGCCCUGCUGACCAUCGCCGUGUACCUGAUGCACCUGCGCCAGUAUCGCCGGCACUGGACCCAGCCCAAGACCCAGACGCUCAUUCUGGUCAUCAUGAGUAUCGUCCCGGUGUGGGCGGUCAUCAGUGCCCUCAUCACCUUCUUCCCGGUGGCUCGCUAUGGCCUGCUCGUGCCGCUGGACAUCUACGAGAGUCUCACCAUCCUCGUGUUCCUGAAGCUCAUCUACUGGUACCUCGGUGGCAAGGACCAGGUCCGCGUCAAGGCCGAGCACAAGACCAGCUACCGGACCUGCCUCUACCUGUACCGCGUCACGCCGGGCGAGAAGUUCAUGAAGGUUGUCCACAUCUUCAUCUAUCAGUUUGUCAUCAUCCGGCCUCUCCUGUCGAUCCUGGUCUGCGCCCUCUACUACAGCGGCUUCUAUGAGAAGGGCCGCCUGUCGCUGACCAACUGGCCGACGCUCGUGGUGACCCUCUGCCUGUACACCAGCCUGGGCUUUGCCAUGUGGGCCCUGCUCCAGCUGUACCGCGUGUUCAGCGUCGUCCUGCAGCCCUACAGCACCGGGUCCAAGUUCCUGGCGCUGAAGUUCUACAUCUUCAUGCACGCCCUGUGGGGGUUCUUCUUCACCCGGUUCAUGGAUCGCGUCAGUGAGGACUUCCAAAAUUUGGUCAACGCCGCGCAGCUCCAGUACUCCACCUUCACGGUGCUCAUGUUCAUCAGCGCCAUCCUCAACAUCACGGUCUUCUUCCACUACAAGGAGUAUGUGGACAACUUUGCCGGGCCCCCGGGCUCCGGGGGCAGCGGCCUCGGCGGGCCCGCCGGCUCCGAGGCCCAGCCCAUUCUGGAGGCCUCGCACAGUGACUACGGCUCGCGCCAGCGCAACAACGCCGGCUACGCCGACCUGGCCGACACCUUCCCCACGCAGUACACCCGCCUGAGCAGCCACUCGGCGGUCAUCUACGAGGCGGAUGUCAUCACCGAGGGGGUCACCCAGAACCAGGCCCUCAUCACCUCGGCCUCGUACAGCUCCCUGGCCAACAUGGGCGCCACCGAUGACGAUGAGUUCCACAGUGACGAUGCGCCCGACGGGCCGUCCGGCUCGGCGGUGUCCGGCGCCCGGCUCAUCGUCGGUGGCCAGUACUAUGUCGAUGAUCGGGGCAAUUCCAUCCACAGCUCGGCCACCGAGGACUACUGUCCCUUCGGCUCGCCAGUGUGA